AUGGGGUCGAUCGCGAAGAAGAACAAGAAAGCGCGCGGUCCUACCACACCUGCCGGCGCCGUCGCGUCAACCUCGUCCACCGUUCACGCUUCGAGAGACGUCAUGUUCCCCCGCGUGCGCGUGGACGAGUUGGAUACGCUUGGAAUACGCCACCAGGGCGAGGGCGCGGACGCCGCUGCGUGGUUCUGUGCGGAGUUCGGGCUCGACGCGGACGACGCGGAGGUGCUGCGGCGGGUCGGCUUUCGGGACGACGCGCGGAUCGAGGCGGUCGCGCGCCGGGCGGGGGAAGGCACGAUGAACAUGCUCAUGGAGGGGCUCAAGGAGGAGGGCAUGUCGUGUGCGGCGCGGUUGCUCGUUAGAGAGGGCUUUUACGAGAGAGCUGCACGACACGCUUGA